UGUCCCUGCCCCAAUCUACACUCUCCAAUUCCCCUUGACAGAGCAUCAUCGCUCUCACCUUCCCGCCCGCCAACCUGCCUGAUGUGCAGCGGUAGUCUGACCCGGACCCCUCUUCCUCAUGUGUUCCCGGAAUUCGAAACCUGGCCGGAAAUAACUAACAGUGUCCAUCUUAAUCUUUCCAGAGCGCCAGCCCUCUCCUCAGCUCAACAUCAAUCUGAGCUCGAACAAUCCCUUCAGGAAUCGUGCUGUGUCGCCCUCCGCUACUUCUCCCAACUCAACAGGUCGCCCUGUGUCAACGAACCCGUUCUUGGACGAGACGGAUCUGACUUCCUUUCAGUCAGCACCCAGUGCCAGCAUGUCUUCAACAUCCAAACCCAGCUUGAUGGGCAACACGGCUGAGCUUUUCGAGAACCUCUCUCUCGAGCCCUCUUCUGAGACCAGCAAUCGCAGGCCGGCGCCUUCUCGCCCAAGCAACAAGCCUCCAAGCCGCCCGCCGAAGGAGCGCUCGCAAGCUCGCAACAAGGACAGCGAUCCUUUUGAUGUCUUUGCAGACCCGCCAUCGUCGUCUUCAAAGCCUCAUCGCUCCAGAUCUCAUGACGUGAGACGGCCACGCCGUAAUUCGGAGUCCUCUGUCAUGGAGCGACCUCAGAAACCCCUCGAUCCGGAAGACGAAAAACGUCGAAGGGAGAGAAGACAUCGCGAAAGGGAGGCACGACACAGAGAUGGCAAGUCUCGUUCUUCUAAGAAGACACCCAGUCAUCGUCUUGAUAUCAUCGACAAAUUAGACGUGACCAGCAUCUAUGGAACUGGCUUAUUCCACCACGACGGUCCCUUUGAUGCCUGCAAUCCUCACCGCAAUCGCAAGGGCUUAAAGGCUGCGCCGAUGCAGGCGUUUCCUAAGGACUCCAGGAACAUGGCACUGGGUGGUGCUGGACCUAACAAUGAUAACAUUGACCUUGAGCUCUUCCACGGUGUCCAAACCGAAGGCUACAACGACUUCGCUACAAGCGGAAAAUCCGAUCAGCCCGAAGCGUUCAGCGCCACUACGCGUGUUGAGCCGAUCCAUGGCGCAGAAAGCAUGGGAUUGGGAACCAGCACGUUCUUGGAGGGGGCGCCGGCCAGUCGUGCAGCCAUCCAAAGACGCCAGAGUGAAAAUGAAUCGGGGAGCGGGUCGAACGGCGGUGGUUUGCAGCGGAAGAAGAGUCUUGCCCAAAGAAUCCGAGGAGGCAUCAAUCCCAGGGCGGGAGGAGGCCGUGUUGUAUCCCCCGAUGCGACUUAUUCUACUCCCACCUCCAGCGGGUCUCGAACCAACGAGAGAAACCCAUUCUUCCAGGACUACGAUGAUGCGUGGGACAAGAAGGGCGCCAAAAUACAGAUGGCGGAAGACACCAGAACGAGUUACGAAUCUGGUGGAAGAGCCCGCGCUGCGAGCAGCCCCAGGAGACCUCAAGGACUGGAGAGGAAGGAUACCGAUGAGCGGAUGAAUGGCGGAGGCGAUGGAAUGAAGAGCGGCGGCGGCUUUGUCAACCGUAUGAAGAGUUUGAGGAAGCCACGCCCGGAGAGACGGCCUGCUGACUCCUGAGUGAACUGGUCCUUGUUACUGAGUUCUGGAUCUUAAUUUGCCUGAAGGCCAACCGUCCGCUCGGAGACCAGGGAAAGCCCGACGAGAUGGAUUAGACACAUGUUUCUCUAGUUGACCCGAAGCUGGCUGCUUCGAAGCAACAGCCUUGGUGACUCCGUUUCACGUUUUCCUGGGAAACUUUCAGGAUGCUUGAUAGCACUUCAGCCGGCCGUAGUACUAUGAGCUCAUUUCCCCUCAAAACACCCAGUUAGUCCUUGGUACC